AUGGACAAAAAGUUAUCUUCCAAGAAUUUUUCCGACUGGGAGGUUGGUGAUAGAUAUGAUCUUAUUAAGGUUGUAGGUAGUGGUUCUUAUGGUUCUGUAGCUGAAGCUACUGACAAGAAAUCAGGCAAGAAAGUUGCCAUUAAGAGAUUGAAUGGUAUCUUCGAAGACAAUGUUGACUGCAAACGUAUUCUUAGAGAAAUUCACUUGUUACGUAUUUUAAAUCACCCUAACCUUAUUAGAAUCAAUGAAAUUAUUGAACCUAAGGACUUAUAGAACUUCGACACUCUUUAUGUCGUUACUGAAUAUUGCUAAUCCGACCUUAAAAAGCUCUUCAAGUCACCUAUUCACUUGUGCAUGAUCCAAGUUUAAACAUUAACCUACAACAUUCUCACUGGUAUUAAAUAUCUCCACUCUGCUGAAGUACUUCAUAGAGAUCUCAAGCCUGCUAACGUCCUUAUCAAUGAAGAUUGCUCUGUCAAGAUUUGUGACUUUGGUCUCGCCAGAUCUGUAGAAGGUAUUGAAGGUGCACAUAUUUAUGAUGAUAGAAAUAGCAACAGCCCUCAAAAGUAAUAAACCAGUAGCCAAAGCCCUGAAAAGCCUGCAGCUACCAGCAGUGGAAGACCUAAACUUUCUAAAGAAAAGGGAAUUAACUCUAAAACCACUAAGAGAGAAUUGACUGGCCACGUAGUUACUCGUUGGUACAGAGCUCCCGAAUUGAUUCUUUUGGAAAAAGAUUACACUGCUGCCAUUGAUAUCUGGAGUAUUGGUUGUAUCUUCGCUGAAUUGAUGAAUAUGAUCAAGGAAAACUCCCCCACCUUCUUAGAUAGAUCUCCUCUUUUCCCUGGUAGCAGCUGCUUCCCCCUCUCACCUGAUAGAAACAACACAGUUAAGUAGGGUGGAUUCCCCCACAGCCACAGUGAUUAAUUGAAUGUCAUCUUCUCAGUCUUGGGUACCCCUAAUGAAGAAGAUAUGGACUUCGUCACUGAUGCUAAGGCUAUCGAAUAUUUAAAGAGCUUCAAGCAAAAGAAGAGAGUCGACUUCAAGGAUUUAUUCCCAGCUGCCACCCCUGAAUGUAUUGAUUUCUUGAACAAAACCCUUGUCUUCAACCCUCGUAAAAGAAUUACUAUUGAUGCUGCCCUCAACCAUCCUCUCUUUACCCCUGUCAGAGAUAUCAAGAAAGAAGUAUUUGCUGAUGGCUCCGUUGUUCUUCCCUUUGAAAAAGAAGGAGACAUGGCUAUACCUAGACUCCGUGAACUCUUCAUCGAAGAAAUCAAGCGUUAUCACACUAAGUGA